CAUCGACACCAUACAAACGGUCAAGUGUCGGUUUCGACCUUAAAAAAAGGCAGCAGUGCCAUGGACACCGUGGACUUGGCCGCGCUCCGCGAACAGAUCGCCGCGUCCAAGCAGCCGCGUCGCAACCAAGAUGAGGACGAGAGCAACAACAACAACGAAAAUUGCAACCGGAGCCACGACGAGCGGCGCCCGUUUUCGCUUACGUCCGCAAGUGCACCGGAGAAAGCGUCCGCCGAGCCGCGCCGACGGCACCACGGCGACGCCUUGCCAUGGCCCGAGAUCACGUCAGACGCGGUCGCGACCGUCGCAUCAACGCUUGCGAGCAUGUACCAGAGCGUGCUCGAGAGCCACGAAGAGUUUGCCUUGUACCUCGAGACAGAACCGUUCGACAUCGAGCUACCGGAUACGUUGUUGCAUUCGACCAGAGCGCACCACGAGAAGGUGCGCGAGUUUCUACAAGACGCAGUCGCACGCUGCAGAUCCGAUUUUGAGGCACAGAUUACCGACGUCUGUGCGUCACUCCAAGAGGCGUUCGACACGCAGGCGUCUCAUGUCGACCGCGAGGUCCGGCACCAGCGCGACCGGACGACGUCGUCGCUCAAGCGCAGCCGCGUCGCGAUCCAGAAGCAAGUCGAUCACUUUACCAACCUCGAAGCGUGUUUGCGCCGGCACGAGAUGCACCAGCUGCAAGCGCUUCACGACGAAAAGAUGGCUCGCGCCCAGGCCGACUGGGACGAAAAGGAGAAACGGCACCGCGACAUGCUUCUGCAGCAAAAGUGCGCGAUCGGCGGCAUCGAGCGCACCAACAAGAUGCUCACGACGAUGGUCGACGACGCGCACGCCGAAGUCGAAAGACUCAAACACCUCAUGCACAGCCUUGACGUCCGCAAGACGACGUCCAACGUCAUCUCCGAGGUCUACGUGAACUCUCUGCGAGACUCGGCGCGCCGCGCCAACGAAGUUGCAGACGCCCUGCGCCUGGAUCUCGAAAAAGUGCAGCGCGAUGCAGACGCCGUCGCAGCAACCAACACGCACCUCCAGUCGCUCGUGGCCGACCGCGACACAGAGCUUCAGAAAGUCCGCGCGCUCCUGACCGAGUCGAGCCAAGAAAUCAUGACCUUACACAACAUCAACGAGGUGACAGGCGACGAUCUUCGGGAAGCCAAAGUCCGAAUCCAGGAUUUGUGCGUCGAGCUUGACGCGAUCAAGGUCGAUUUGGGCGCGCAGACGGAGCUGGUGACGGCAGGAGACGCCUACGUGGCGCAGCUCACGACGCGUGUGGCCCACCUCAUUGACCAAAUGAACGCUCUACUGACCGAGCACGACAGCGCGCGGGCGACGUGGGCCACCGAGAAGGACGAGCUGACGCAAGAAGUAGCGAGUUUGCGAGCACAGUUGGCCGCCCUGCCUGGGCCCGACCCGACCGAAAAAGCCGUCCAAAGCAUCUACAAGCCAGCGAGUAAACCAUUGCAGCUGACCACCGUCGCAGCCGUGUCGCGCAGUGUGCAGCGACUCAAGUCCCCGCUCAAGAAGAGCCACCAGUACCGAGGCAAGCCCGAGUACGAGUCGGUGGCCCGCGUGCUCGAGCAAGAGAAAUUUGACGUCCCUCCCGAGCGCGUCGAGCGGGCGAUCUUGCUCGAGGCGACGCUGCGGGAGGCGAUCACGUGCCAGCUCACGUACGAGUUCAAGCGCGCGUUCUCGACGCAGCUCCAGAAACGACUGCAACUCGAGCGGUACAUUUUGGACCAAAAAGUCGACGUUGUUUUCAACAAGUACCUCACCGACGAGCGCGCAGCACGUAAAAAGAGCGGCGGCCAACUCAUUUGCCGGAAAAAAUCCAAGAAAGCCCUUGUCGACGCCACAGUGCCCAUCCGCCGCGUCAGAGACUUUAUCAGCCAGAGCUACGAAGCCAUGGGCGUCGCCGAGUGGAACGGCGAGGACAUUGCGCAGCUCCAAGACGACAUCAAGCAGCUCCAAGGGGUGAUUGCAGACCUCCAAACGGACGCAACGCAGCAUUUGGCGCGAAUUCAAGCGCAGCAACUGAGCCUCGCCGAGGCCGACCUCUUCCAGAAGGAGCGCGACUUGCUCAUCGUGGGCUUGACCGAGAAGCUCCGCGUAUUGCGGGCCGAGGCCGACGCUCUCAAAGUGCAGCUCGCGCGCUUCGAGCUGCAGCCGUCGAUGCCCCAACUCUUCAGCGACGCGGGCAAGAAGCUGCUCGAUGUUCGAGGCCAGCUGCCCCACGUGGACUCCCGGCCAACGUCAUCAACGACCCCAAGCGCGAGGCCCAUGUCAGCCGUGCCAACGCCCACCAAAGCCAAGAUGCCGUCGGGAAAACGCCGGCCAAUGACAUCGCGGAGCCACGGGGUUGGCGCGCCGCCCGAGCACGCGCGAAGUGUCUUGAAGCGCGACCUGCUCAUGCCACGCGUGAGUUCAAAUCUCACGUCGACACCCGAAGAGACGCCACAGAAAGCGGGAGGCACGUUUGUGGCCAGCCUCUGGGUCGGCGAGGCCGGGAUGCAGCAUAUUCUGGACCGACGACGUCGUCGAAAAGCGUGACCAAGUUAUGUGCUCAAAUGCCGAGCCUACUUUGAAAGCCAGGCGCGAUUCGCGUAGUAUAAAGUUGGGUGGCGCGAGAUAACAUUUUCAUUAUGUAUCA